CUUGUGGCGUCUCAGUGUGUGCUUAGGGGAACUCGCCUUGCUUGCAGCUGUUUCGCGGUGAGCUUCCAUCACUUCAUCUAAAACUGUGGCUGCACCCACAUCAGCAGUGGGUUGUCGCUUAACUGGUUUCGCUGAGAUAGUAAGGAGGUAGCGAACACAACUGAGGUUUCUGGCCUCGUUCAAUUUUGGAGACUUCUCUUCAACCACCAUAUGCAAGCAAAACCCACAAGAGGUUUCUCUACGCGGUUUCAAGCUCUUCGACAUUGGCUGCAUAGCAUAGGAAUACCUUGAAUCUUUAUCAUUUUCUUUCCCAUAAGUCUGACGCUCUUUUGCCUCUUAGAGCUAUCGUAUAUUGUUUGCCCAAAGCCCUAUUAAAACCCCAUUUCUGCUUUUGUUUCUUAGUAAUUGACCCAAAAGGGGGUCCAUUUUACAGUCAUGGAGGAAGAGCGAGGAGUUUUGAACUUCCCGGUAAAAGUUUCUCAUGAAGCUAUACUGAAAGAAUUGUUGCAUAGAAUCACUUCGAUUGAGAUUAAAUUGUGCUCAGAUGCUACAAAAGAAUUUGUCAAGAUAUUAAAAGGUGAUGAUGGUGGGGAACUGCUUCGUCUGUAUAUUCGGGCUUCUCCCAAGUGCUCUGAACUUUUGGAUGCUUGGAAGCUUAGGCAAGGGAGAGAGGGAAUGUCAUACAUUUUUGAAUUAAUUGCCAAUUUAUUGAGUCAUUAUGAGGGGAAAUAUAAAUCAAAUGAUCCGGAGCUAAUAGCUAUCAGUAGGGAUCUUGAUAAGUUUGCCCGAUCCCUUGUUGCAGAAUAUCUAGGUGAUGUUUACAAGGAACUGAAUAGUAAAGAAGCUAAGCGCCAAAAGGCUGCUCUAUUGCUGAUGGCUUCAAUUGUUCGCCGAGGCUCAAGUUUGGCUUCUGAGGUCUCAAAAUGUUUUGACUUCAAACUUGCCGGGUUUAGCAAGCUUGCAGGGCAAAAAUGGAAACAAAAUGAGAAACUGAUUAAGAAUUCACUCAGGAAAUCGUAUGUUGGAUUUGCAAUGUCAUUUUUAGAGGUUGGAAAGCCUGGAUUGUUGAGGUGGGUUCUACAGCAAAAGGAAAUGUAUUCUGGAGUUCUUCGUGGGCUAGGAAAUGAUGAUGAUGAGACUGUCAUUUAUGUAUUGUCGACAUUAAAAGAUAGAGUUCUUGUUGAAGAGUCAUUGGUACCACCAGCUCUUCGGAGUGUUCUAUUUGGAAAUGUGACAUUGGAGCAAUUAAUUAAUAUAUCUGGAAGGGAAGGUGGUGGACCUACUUCAGAGCUAGCAUAUAAUCUUCUAGUUCUGGUUUGUACUGAUCCAUGUAAUGGUUUAAUGCCAGACUUGACAAAACGUCCAACUCCAUUGAGAGGUAAUACUAAGAGAAUCAUGGGGCUUAUGAAAAAACUACAUGCUACUGAAAUUCAAUAUCACAGAGAUUUGCUGUUGGCUAUUGUCAAUGGCCAACAUUCUUUUGGUUUGUCAUAUUUGGAAGAGUUUCCUUACAACCUUGAAGAUUAUAUGUCACCUUCAUGGUUUGCUGCAGUGUCUUUAGCAGCUAGCUUGGUUUCCAUGAUUGGCAAUGGCCUUUCUAGGGAAUUCCUUAAUUCUCAGUCAAAUGAUCUACACAUAUUUGGCAACAUGGAUGUGCAAAGUGUUAUGAAAUGCAUGUUUCCUCGUCCAUUCAGCCGGUCAAUGAUUAAUAAGGGAUUACUUCACACUGAUUUUCUGGUGAAACAUGGAACACUGAGACUUCUUUUGGAGUUACUGAAGUUUUUGGACUCUCUUAUUAGUGCAUUGAACUUUAGGUCUUCUUCCUACAAUCAAUCAAUGCAGCAUAUAAUGCCUAUCAAGCAAGAAAUGCAGAACGAUAUUCAAGCAUGGCUUCCUGAUCCACAAGUUCUAUUAACUUUACUUUCGUCUUUAGAUAGCUUAUCCAAAACAAAUGAUUCAUGCUUGAAAAGAACUGGAAGCCAUCUUAGACAUAGAAGGAGCAAACUUUUAAAAACAGACACUGCUGAGAGGGACACAGAUAUAGUUGUGGGAGGGAUAAGUUCUGUGUGUGAUGUCCCUUUGUCUAAGAACGAGGUAAAUGUCUCUGAUGCAACAAGAGAAGGUGUAUUAGAUGAUGAAGAGGAUCCUGUCAGCAUAGUGAGGCAAAUCUGGGGGAUGGAAAUCUGCUCCAUGAUGAUCACCACACCACAAGAAGCAGAGAAUUACUUGCAAUCUAAACUGUUCGAUGCUCUCAAAUACUUUCAUCGCAUUGUGCCUUAUGCAUUGGGUGGAUCAUUUGAAUUUUUUAUUGGUCUUCUCAACAACCCAUUGGAGUUAACAGUUGAUCUACAGGCCUCACUAUUGUCUUUGCUUAUGGAAUAUGUUGAAUGGCACCCAAAUAGUGAAAUUCCCUUGAGAACUCCACCGAAUCUGUACAAAUAUCUGCAGUCCUUCAUCAAACUAUUAAUAUUCUCAACAGUUGAUGAUGUUAGGCAUCAGGCUUAUAGAUUGGCAAAGGCUGCUAUGUUCAGUACUGGUGCUUUUGACAGGAAGCUUCAUGAAAUAGAGGCAUGGCUUUUGUUUUUGCCAGGUCAUCAAAGAAAUAAAUCCUCUGUCAAUAGCUUGGAGGUGGAAGUGUUACAUAGUUUGUGUCCAAUUGUCAUAUCAUUCUUGUGCGAUGCUGUUUCUACAGUUGGGAAUAAUUUAGUCAAAUAUUGGGAUCUCCUCAAGAGUUAUGUUCACAGUUUGGAAGCUGUUAGAGAUCUAUCUCUUGAUUUCAGUCCUCUUAUAAUAUGUGUGCUGGAGAAAUGUCUCAGAUUGAUCCGCUCUAAAUCUGGAACCUACUCAUUGCCUGAAAAAUCAAUGGUGUUAUUAUACAUGUGCACUACAGUGAAGUUUCUCCUGCAGACACAGGUUGAUGCAGAGUUCCUUUCUGGUGUACUUAAUAAACAGUUGACCGAGAGACUUGGUGGCUGUGAUGAAAAUGAGGCAGUCUUGUGUGAGUGGAAGUCAUUGAAGAAUUUUUGGCUCUUUGUGCGGAGCAUAUCACAGCAACAUGGUGGUUUUCAAUUUUCAUGUAAUGAAAGAUCUGUCAGUUCAAAUAGUUCUUUUACGAGUACACUUGGUGAAGUAGAAAGAUUAUUAAGUAACAGAGGUGUUGGUGAAAUGCCAGGCAUCGCUAUCGCUUUUAUAUCCUCUAUUUUGUGUGUGGAAGUUGAUGAAAUAUUGAUGACGAUGCCAAAGCUUGUGAUUAUUUCCCACAAUCUGCAAAAGGUUCCUCUGUUAUUCUUGUCUUCAGUGUUUUUUUUGGAUCACAGUGCUCUUUUUCAUGCUUUUGAGUUGUGGCCCCAAAUGUUCUAUGCUGGCCUGGACAUGGCUGUCUCAGAUCCUGGGGGUGAUGGCAAUAAUGCUGCUCCUGAUGGGUUAAGUUGUAACCAACUUUUUGAUACAACCGCUGCUGAUGCUGCAGCAUUUAGCCUCUUCCUGAAACAGGUUCCUUUCCAUCUGCUAUUUCCCGCAAUGAUGUGUAUGAAUGGCUCUUGCUCAUCAGAGCUAUCUAAGAUGCGGGAGCUGCUGUUGGAUAAAUUAUCUGAGUGCACUAGCGAUUGUUAUCUCCUUUAUCUGCGUCUUGUUCUCCAUUGGACUCAUCGAAUUCAGUCAUAUCAUAACUUGCACCCAUCAGUUGAAAUAGAACAACUUUCCAAUAUAUGUGUUGUUCUUGUAAGGAAGUUAUUAUCACAGUUAUUGGUUUCAGAAUGCAGUCAUGACUGUACUACAAAUUCUGACUCUUGUUCAUUAACUCACAAGAUGCAUGAAGUUGCUAAAAUCAUUUUUGCUCAUCCUUCUGUUUUGAUGUCAUUGUCCUUUCCUUUGGGAAGUGUUCAGAACUUUGGAAGCAACACUGAGAACAGCUUUGAUGGGCUAAAUAUAUUAUCCAGAGAGGAAGUUCACAGUUGUUGUAGUCCAAUUAUAAAUAUCUUGACAAUAACUUUAGACUAUGUGUGGUCCAUCUCCAGUACUCACAUUAGUGCAUCAGAGGCCGGAGGUGUUACUUACAGAGAACUUGUUAAGUUGUUCAAGUCACUACAACAUAGGUUGUUUCUGGAGGUCAAGGACAGAUUUGAUCAGUCUCUUUGUACGAAAAAUACGACACAUCUCCUGCAAACAUUUUAUACUUUACAUGCCUUAGUUCGGUUUCUAUCUCCUUUUCUGCUACUUGAAUUGGUAGAUUGGAUGUUUAGUAGAGUUGAGUUAGAUGACUUUACAGUUAAGAAUUCUGCUUUAUCUGUUGGGUGCUCCUUGGCUGCCGCUGCUUUCAGCACUUUGUCCUAUUAUCUCCAGCAGCAAGUUAGAGAUAUGAUGCCAUAUGAUUUAUUUUGGGAGAUCAGUGAAAAGAAUAUCAAGGCUCAUAUGUUUGAGAAGAUCUACAGUCAAGUAGUUAAUUUUGCCAUGAGCUUUGAGAUAGAUUAUGCAGAUAAAUGCUUGCUGGAAGCUGUCAGUGCUUUGUACAGGCAUAGACACAUUCAACAACAAAAUUUUCAUCCUCUGUUAUUGGCUAUGUGUAGGAUCAUAAUGAUUACUCCUGUGGAAAUAAUUUCUUGCUGCAUUUACAAGACAGAUAUAAAGAAGGCAAAAUUCUUAUUUUUUCUCACUGAAAUGAGUUCUCUGCAUUCAUCAAUCUUUGGGCAAUUAUUUAUGAAGCUACUGAGCAGAAUUUUAGAUCAUGAUAUUGAUCUAACAGGAAGAUCCUUUGACCUUACUCCUUCAGAAGAUCACUUUUUGCUGCUUCUUCCAGCCUCUUUGUCAUACUUGAAUUCAAUUUCUCUGAGACUCGGGGAGCAGAGUCACAAAGAUUUUAAACAUUUACCGUACUUUUAUUCAAGAAUUCUCUUAAAAGGUUUCAGUCAGUGGAAGAGCUUUGUGUCUAAAGACAUAUUUGAGGAAGAUUAUGGAGAAUUCAUGCCAUUAUCUGUCAAGCAACUUCUUUGUCUUGUUGAUCGUAGUCUUCUUGGAAAAUCUCUUAAGAUGUUGCAGUUUCACUUUGAUCUUAAUGUGGAAUCAAUGACACUGAACAAGCGAUUCAAGCUAUUUAAGCAAAUUUAUUCAAAUUCUGCUUCACAUGAUGAGCUGCUUGACUGUAAUUGCCAAGUAAUUGGUUGUUAUUCGCUGCACCAGUCUUUGAAUAUCAUAAAUCGAAUAAUUGCAAAGAUAUCACUUGGGAAAAUAUUAUUAUUUCAUGAGAAAGUAGAUAUGGAUCUUAAAGCUGUUUCUUCUGGCAUGGGAAGCAAAAUAGAAGCAUCCAGGAUUCGAUUCAUCAACAUUUUAGUGGAUGUUUGGCAUUUUAUUGUUAUGAAAUUUUCUUUAGCUUCUGAUCAAUAUGUAACAAGAGAGAGCAGAAACAUAUCAUCACUAUAUAAUUACUUGGAAGUCUUUGUCUUGAGAAAUAUUCUUGAAUUGAUUGUGGAGAUGCGUGAUGAUCUUAUCCAUCUGGAAUCCAUUCCUUUCCUCGAGCAAUUAUUCAGAUCUGCACUUAUGUAUAGGUUUCAUGAUCCAAGUACGCUGAAAAUUCUCCGAGUCCUGUUAACUCAGCUCUAUAAGGGGAAGCUAUCAUAUGGUUUAUAUCUUCAAUUAUUACUUGGUCACUCAGAGUUUUCCUCAACCAUCCAUUCAACAGGCAAGUUGUCCCAUUCUUCUCCAUCAGAUUACUGUUUGAAGAGUGUAUCUAGCAUUUUGAAGUGUCUAGUCUUCCCUUCUACUGCUCACUGCGAUUCUGAUGAACCACAUGAUGAGAAAACAGCUGAACUCUCUAGCGGACGAUUAGAAAUUAUCAAGUUACUUCGGAUACUUUUAUUGAAGAAUGCUCAUCAAUCUGAAUCAGGUCUUGGAAAUGAUAAUGCCAUAAAUUAUAAAGAAUUGCAUUCACUGCUAUGUGAUUCUUAUGGCACAACACUUUCCCAGAUUGACUUGGAGUUAUGGAAGCUUAUUCAGGAAAUUGAGUAUAUCAGUAAAUCAGUCUCUGAUAGUAUUGUUAAUGCAGAGUGUCUGUGGGGAACUGCAGUGUUGAAAGUUAAAAUAGGUCAUCCUUUGGAGAAACAAACAUCAAAUAUCAAGGUUGAUUCGCAAGAAACCACAGAAUGGUCCGCAAGCCAACUUAGAGAAAAUAUUCUGGUUGACCCUGACAUAUGCACAUCAACAGUUCUCUUCUUUCCCUAUGACAGAAGCACUAAUGAUGACCUACUGUCUGUGACAAAUAUUGAACCAGAUAGUGUUAGGGAAAGGAUUGAGAUAUAUUCUUCUAAUGCGCAAGUUAGAAAACAAUAUGAUCCUUCAUUCAUAUUGCAUUUCUCAAUUCAUAUAUUGUCAAAAGGCCUUGUUGAACCUGUGGAUUUUGCUACGUUAAGGUUGCUUGCAAUUGCAUUUGUUAGCAUGUCUUCACCUUAUCUCGGGAUAAGAAAAUUGGCUUAUGAGACUCUGGGCAUAUUCAAGAAUGCUUUGGAGAAGUGCCCAAAGAGGAAGGAUGUGGUGGGACUUCGCCUUCUAUUGACUACUGUGCAAAACAGUAUAGAAGAGCCAUGGCAACGAAUCCCUUCAGUUAUUGCUGUUUUUGUUGCUGAGGCAUCUUGUAUUUUGUUAGAUUCUUCACAUGAUCAUUUUGCGGUUAUAAGUACAUUGUUGAUACACUCUUCUAAGUUGAAUUUACAGGUUAUACCUCUGUUCGAUGAUUUUUUGUGGAGUACUUCUGUUAAUUUUAAAGCAGAAAGGUUAUGGAUACUUCGGCUAGUAUACGCAGGGCUUAACUCUGAUGAUGAUGCCGUGCUGUAUAUCAGGAACUCUAUCCUUGAGAGUCUGCUGAGUUUUUAUAUGUCUCCGCUUUCAGAUUUUGAAUCAAAGGAGCUGGUUAUCGAGGUUAUACAAAAGUCUGUCAAAUUGCGUAAGAUUGCUUGCCAUCUAGUGAAACAUUGUUCUCUUUUUUCAUGGUUUUCAUCUCUCAUCUCAGUUACUGGAGAGAGGUUUAAUGGUGGUAAUGAAAGAUUAUUCUUGAAGCAAGUGUUGGCAAUAUUGAAGGUUGUCAACAAUGUCAUUUCUUGUGGAAGCAUCUGGAAAUGGUUGCAAAAUUUUGCUCUUGAGCAGCUGGCAGAGCUUUCUUCUAAUAUAUUUAAUUACAUAUUCCAUGAUGCAACAUUGAUGAAUGAAGCUGCUGCAUUACUUAAUCCUUUGCUACAAAUGAUAGUGUCGUUGUUGAAAAUAUCCCAAAAAAGGAAAAUAUGUCAACCACAUUUUACCCUAUCAAUGGAGGGCUUAUUUAAGAUAUACCAAGUUGUUCAUCAGUUUGAUCAUGCACAUGUCAAUCCAGAGUUGGCACUUGAGGCUAUACUUAUGAAUGCACCUCCUGUCUCCACUUUCCUGAUGAGUGAAGAAAGGCUUGAAAGCUUUCUUAUGUGGGCAAUUUCGAAUGCUUUGCAAUCAGAGUCUUCUCAAAAGCUAAUAUAUAAGUCUCGAGCAUAUUCGAUGGAGUCUGGUGAAGCGCCACAUAAAAAUCCGUUGAUGUCAAGAUUACUCCGUUGGUUAGCAGCAUGGGUGAUUACUGGGAAACUCUAUCAGAGAUCUGAUUAUAUGGAUGCCAAGGUUGAAUCACAAACCUUUAAUUCCCUCUACUCUCUACUGCGGCACAUUGAAAAAAUUUCUGGACAAAGAAAUGAAAUGACAAUUGCUGGUGAGGGGUUAUUAGCUUCUACAAUUUUCUAUCUCCAGCUGCUCCUUGGUGUCAAUUAUGAAGUGCUACCCUCAGUUGUGUCUGCUCUCUCUCUCCUACUUUUCAAUGCCUCUGGUUCUGCAGCGGGGAAAGCUGAGUUAUUGCAAGACUAUGAUCCUCUGAUAUCAUCGCUCUGUUCAAGGAUACAAUGUCCUCCGGAAGCUAAUCCCGCUUGGAGAUGGUCAUUUUACCAGCCACGGAAGGAUCCUUCGCUGGAGCAAACUGAUGUGCAGAUGAUGGAGCAGCAUCAUGCUUGCCAAAUUUUAUUAUUGAUCAUAUCAAAUGUUCUAGGCAGAAGGAAGUUAGAAUCAGCUAAUCUGUCACUCAUAGAUAUAGAGAGGUCUGAUGUAUUUAAAUGGGAAAGAAGUUUGCUUGAAACUGAUUCUUCAAGUUAACGUGGUUGAUAAAUACUUUGUUGUACAUUAAUUUUGUAUUUCUAGUGUAUAUAAAUUCGUAUAUUUGAAUGAAUAGAUGGAACACUAUUUGAUCUCUGUUCUUGCUA